AUGGUCUAUCUCUUCCCCCCACGUCAUGUUUACUUCCCCUCUACCCCCAAACACACGUCGACCGUGAUCCUCCUCCAUGCCCGCGGCAGCAACGGUCCCGACCUGGCCUUUGAGCUGGCCACGUCGUACUCCUCCGCGGGCAAGACCAUCUUCGACCAUUUCCCCUCCACGCGGUGGGUGUUCCCGUCUGCCCGGGCCCGUCACUACUAUUGGUCGCAGGAGCAGCAGUUCCGGGGCGAGGACAACCUGCCCGAGUGGUUUGAGCUGGAGUCUGCCGACUACCCUCAUCAGCCGAUUCCCGGCCUGCAGGACAGCGUUAGCUACAUCCUCCGCAUCGUGGACGAGGAAGUCCGCCGAUUGGAAGGCAAUGCGGAUAGGGUGUUUAUUGGAGGGGUCGGGCAGGGCAUGGCGGUGGGGUUGGUCGCCCUGAUCUGUGCCCAGCGGAAACUGGGGGGAUUCGUAGGCGCGAAGGGCUGGAUCCCUUUCGCGGGGACUCUGAGUUCGCUUCUCGAGAAGGGGGAAAUGGACCAAGCGGGGGUGGUUUUGAAAACAAUCACUUUCGGUCAGCAGCAGCAGCAGCAGCAACAAGCACCAGGGCAACAACUGUCAAUCCUGCCAUUGCCGUCUCAACCUCAACCGCAACCUCCACCGUCACUAGACGUCUAUUCAGGAAAGGCAAUUUCGGGGCCCCUCCACGUCAAAGAGACGCCAGUUUUUCUGAGCCAUGACGAAGACAACCGAUUGGUAGAUAUCGGAUUGGGAAAGACGGCACACGACACACUGCAGCGUCUGGGAUUCAGCGAGCUGUCCUGGAAGACCUAUCCGGGUGGAAUCCACGACAGUCAUGGGCAUCGCCGCCAAUGGCUAAAGGAGCCAAAGCAGCUGGAUGAUAUAGUUCAGUUUCUGGGAGAUAAGCAUCUUGGUCGAAGUGGCUGA